AUGAUGCAAAGUGCGGCGGUCCUACCGACAGAGAGUCCUGUGAAGAGUUUACCGGAGAUUCUCGGAGUGCCACUGCAACAGAUCCCUCAGUGUGCCGGCUGUAGCCAACACAUCCUGGACAAGUUCAUCCUGAAGGUGCUGGACAGACACUGGCACUCCAAGUGCCUCAAGUGCGCCGACUGCCAGACUCCGCUGGCAGACAAGUGUUUCUCCCGAGCAGGAGGCGUCUACUGCAAAGAGGACUUCUUCAAGCGUUUCGGGACAAAAUGUGCAUCAUGCCAACAGGGGAUCCCUCCGACGCAGGUUGUGCGGAAGGCGCAGGACUUUGUGUAUCACCUGCACUGCUUCGCCUGCAUCAUGUGCAGCCGGCAGCUGGCCACUGGGGACGAGUUCUACCUCAUGGAGGACGGGAGGCUGGUGUGCAAGGUGGAUUAUGAAACAGCAAAGCAAAACGACGACUCGGAGGCGGGGACCAAGCGACCGAGGACCACCAUCACCGCUAAACAGCUGGAGACCCUCAAAAGUGCCUACAAAAACUCUCCGAAGCCAGCACGCCACGUCAGAGAGCAGCUUUCCUCAGAGACGGGACUAGACAUGAGAGUGGUGCAGGUUUGGUUCCAGAACCGACGAGCAAAGGAGAAACGCCUGAAGAAAGACGCAGGUCGACAUCGCUGGAGUCAGUUUUAUAAAAGUGUCAAACGCAGCCGAGGAGGAGCCAAAGUGGAGAAGGAGAGCUCGGCAGACGACGCAGGCCUCAGUGACAGCGAGCUGAGCUUCAGAGACGACCAGGUCCUGUCCGACCUCGGCCACACCAACGGGCUCUACGGGAGCGUCGGCGACAUGACCAGCGGCUCGGUGCUGAACGGAGGCUUCUCUGUGGACGCGGCGGGUCAGCCUUACCACGACAUCCGAGCAGGCAGCCCGUACGGACUCCCUCAGUCGCCCUCCUCCAUCACCUCUCUGUCCGGCCACACCCCUCUCCUCAACAACCUGGGCUUCAACAUGGACAGUCUGGUGGUGCAGGGGGGCGCCGGCGGGGUGGGCCAGGCUCUGAGGGCCAUGGCGGGGGGGCCCACCUCAGACCUGUCGACGGGCAGCAGUACGGGAUACCCGGACUUCCCCACCAGCCCGGCCUCGUGGCUGGACGAGAUGGACCAUUCCCAGUUUUGA